CCCGCCAUGGCCGCCCCCAGCACCGCGCUCCUCUUCCUCCUGCUGGCGGCCGCUGCCGCGUCGGCGGCGGCGCAGCAGCUGGCGUGGUGGCAGUCCGGCGUCGUCUACCAGAUCUACCCCAAGUCCUUCAAGGACAGCGACGGCGACGGAGUCGGCGACCUCAACGGUAUCAUCGAGAAGCUCGAAUACCUCAAGAACCUCGGCGUGGCAGCGAUAUGGCUGUCCCCUAUCUACAAAUCGCCCAUGGCGGACAACGGCUACGACAUCGCAGAUUUCAGAGAGAUAGACCCAAUGUUCGGUACUAUGGAAGACUUCGACAGAUUACUGGAUGAGGCUCACAGCAGAGGUAUCAAAGUGAUUCUAGACUUCGUUCCGAACCACACCAGUGACGAGCACGAGUGGUUCGUAGCUUCGAGCAAUCCAACACACGAGAACCACGAAAUCUACAAAGACUAUUACGUGUGGCUUGAUGGCAAGGACAACGGAUCGGUGCCAAAUAACUGGAAAAAUAUGUUCGACGGGGGAAGCGCUUGGAAAUGGAGCCCGACGAGAAAUAUGUACUACUUGCACCAGUUCCACGAGAAGCAGCCAGACCUGGACUACAGGAACCCAAAUGUCCUCAGCGCCAUGCAGGGGGAGAUGAAGUUCUGGCUGGACAAGGGGGUGGACGGUUUCCGCAUGGACGCUGUGAUGUGUCUGGUGGAGGCUGAGGGUUUCCCUGACGCCGUGGAGGGCCAACCUACACCCAUGCAGCACCAGGACGAGACGUACGUCGUCAUACAGGAAUUCAGGAAACUCAUGGACAAUUACACAAACACGGUGAUGAUGACUGAGGCGUACGGCACUGUGGAGCAGGUUGUGGGUUACUAUGGCAACACCACAAAUCCUGGGGCGCACUUCUCCUUCAACUUCCUGCUCAUCACCGACCUCAACAGCAGAUCCACCGCAGAAGACUUCGUCAACGUAAUCGGAAACUGGAUCGACGUGAUCAACACACGGGAGCUCUGGUCCAACUGGGUGAUCGGCAACCACGACCAGCACCGCGUGGCCAGCCGGUACAGCCCAGAGCUGGUGGACGGAAUGAACAUGCUGGUGACGCUCCUGCCGGGAACAGCCGUCACCUACAAUGGAGAGGAGAUCGGCAUGGAGGACAACUACAACAUGACGUGCGAGGUGGCGCACGACCCUCAAGGCUGCCACGAUAACGUCACUCUCGGGAACUCCAGAGACCCAGAGAGGACGCCCUUCCAGUGGGAUAACACUGCAAACGCUGGCUUCAGCAACACCACUGACGCGACUUGGCUGCCCGUCAACGAGAACUACGAGACUCUGAACGCCGCGGCCCAGGAGGCGGACGACCGCAGCCACCUCAAGACGUACCGCCAGCUGGUGCAGCUGCGCGCCGACCCAGCCGUCCAGACCGGCGACACAAAGGUCAACAGCUCGGGCAACGUGCUUGCCUUCUACAGGUCAGUGAACGACAUGGCAUCUGUAGUUGUGCUGGUGAACGUGGGAACUGAGGAGGAAACCGUGGACUUGGUAGACACGCUGCCUAUCGUUACCGAGGAAGACGUACUGGAAGUGUACGCCAGAAGCCUUGAGUCCCUAAAGGAAGAAGGGGAGGUGCUGGAGGCGAGGGAAGUGUCACUGUCGGGGCAGGAGGCGGUGGUGCUGCGCCGCAAGCAAGAGCAAACUGGCGCCGCCUCCAGACCGCUUUCUGCAGCGGCGGUGCUGCUCACAGUCGCGGCUCUGCUGUGGGCUCGAGUGCAGGUAGGCUACUACGAACAGCAUAGUGAACGCAUUAUUGUGGGCGAGAUAGACACGAAGCCCACUCCUACUACAAUAGUACAAGUUUAUAUGCCAACUAGCUCUGCAGAUGAUGAAGAAAUUGAUGAAAUGGAAGCAACCGCGCCUGUCCUAACUGAACGACACGCUAUGAGGAUGUCGCAUCUCUCUCUGGUCGCAGUUCUGCUGGCUGUUACCAGUCCAGUGCUGUGUCUCGAGUGGUGGAAAACCGCAAUAAUCUACCAGAUAUACCCCAAGUCUUUCAAGGAUUCUGAUGGCGAUGGCGUCGGCGACCUUCGUGGUAUAAUCGAGAAACUGGACUACCUGAGAGAUCUUGGAGUGUCAGCGAUAUGGAUGUCUCCUAUCUUCAGGUCGCCGAUGGCUGACAAUGGUUACGACAUUUCAGAUUUCAGGGACAUCGAUCCUACUUUUGGGACCAUGGCUGACUUCGACGAACUUCUGGCAACAGCACACAACAAAAGCAUCAGAGUAAUUCUCGACUUCGUGCCCAACCACAGCAGUGAUGAACACGAAUGGUUCAUUGCUUCCAGUGAUCCUACGCACGAAAAUUAUACGAAGUAUAAGGACUACUACGUAUGGGUGAAUGGGACUUACGGUACGCCGCCGAACAACUGGCCCGGUGGCUUCAACGAGCCCUCUGCCUGGGAGUGGAUCGAGGCCCGCCAGCAGUAUUACCUGCACCAGUUCCUCCACAAGCAGCCCGACCUCAACUACAGAAACCCUGUCGUUCUGGAAGAGAUGAAGAAUGUUUUGAGGUUCUGGUUGGAUAAAGGAGUUGAUGGCUUUCGUAUGGACGCCGUUAGCUGCAUUGUGGAAGCAGAAGGCUUCCCAGAUAUUGUUGACGGCCAACCUAACCCCAUGCAGCAUCAACCGGAAACAUACGCAGUAAUCGAGGAAUUCCGCACCGUGUUGGAUGAAUACCAAGAAAAGGUGAUGAUGACGGAGGCGUACGGAUCGCUGGACCAGGUGCUGGGUUACUACGGCAACGCCACCAACCCUGGCGCGCAUUUCUCCUUCAACUUCCUGCUCAUCACCGACCUCAACGGUGACUCCAGCGCAGAGGACUUCGUCCGCAUUGUCGGCGACUGGAUCAACGUCGUCAAUGAAAACGGAGUUUGGUCCAACUGGGUGAUCGGCAACCACGACCAGCACCGCGUGGCCAGCCGGUACAGCCCAGAGAUGGUGGACGGGAUGAACAUGCUGGUGACGUUGCUGCCGGGAACCGCCGUCACCUACAAUGGAGAGGAGAUCGGUAUGGAGGACAACUACAACAUGACGUGCGAGGUGGCUCAGGACCCGCAAGGCUGCGCAGAUAACGUCACGCUGGGAAGUUCCAGGGACCCACAGAGGACGCCGUUCCAGUGGGACGACUCCAAGAAUGCAGGCUUCAGCACGGCGGACGUGACGUGGCUGCCCGUGAACCCCAACUACCCGACACUGAACGCCGCACUCCAGGACUCGGUGGACGGCCGCAGCCACAUCAAGACGUACCGCCUGCUGGCGCAGCUGCGGCUGGACGAGUCCCUCCACAACAGCAACGCCACCGUCACCAGCACGGGAAGCGUCUUCCUCUUCAGCAGGGGGCAGACACAGAACGACGCUACAGUUGUGGCGAUGAACGUGGGGUCUGAGGAAGAGACGGUGGACAUCAUUGCGUCUCUGCCUAACGUCGACCUACCUACAACUCUCGUGGUGUACGCGUCCAGUGUAAACAGCGAAUUGGAUGAAGGGAUGUCGCAUCUCUCGCUGAUCGUAGUUGUGCUCGCUGUCGCCUGCCCAGUGCUGUGUCUCGAAUGGUGGAAGACCGCAAUAAUCUACCAGAUAUACCCCAAGUCUUUCAAGGAUUCUGAUGGCGAUGGUAUCGGCGACCUUCGUGGUAUAAUCGAGAAGCUAGACUACCUGAAUGAUCUUGGAGUGUCGGCGAUAUGGAUAUCUCCUAUCUUCAGGUCUCCGAUGGCUGACAACGGCUACGACAUCUCGGAUUACAGGGACAUCGAUCCAAUUUUCGGAACUAUGGAGGACUUCGACGAACUUCUGGAAACAGCGCACAGCAAAGGCAUCAGAGUACUCCUCGACUACGUGCCCAACCAUACUAGCGACGAGCACGAAUGGUUUAUCGCUUCCAGCGACCCUACGCACGAAAACUUCACGAGGUAUAAGGACUACUACGUAUGGGUGAACGGGACUGAAGAUUCGCUGCCAAAUAACUGGCCCGGUGGUUUCAACGAGCCUUCUGCAUGGCAGUGGAACCAGGCCCGCCAGCAAUACUACCUGCACCAGUUUCACUACAAGCAACCCGAUCUGAACUACAGGAACCCUGUAGUUUUGGAGGAGAUGAAGAAUGUUUUGAGGUUCUGGUUGGAUAAAGGAGUGGAUGGCUUUCGUAUGGAUGCCGUUAUCUGCCUUGUGGAAGCGGAAGGUUUCCCAAAUAUUACAAACGGCGAACCUAACCCCAUGGUGCAUCAACCGGAAACAUACGCGGUGGUCGAGGAAUUCCGCACAGUGCUGGACGAGUACGAAGAAAAGGUGAUGGUGACGGAAGCGGGAGGAACGCUGGAUGAGGUGCUGGGUUACUAUGGCAACGCCAGCAACCCCGGUGCGCACUUGUCCUUCAACUUCCUCCUCAUCACCGACCUCAACGGUCGUUCCACGGCAGAGGAGUUCGUCCGCGUCGUCAGUGAAUGGAACGAUAUUGUCAAUGAACGUGGUAUCUGGUCCAACUGGGUGCUUGGCAAUCACGACCAGCACCGAGUGGCCAACCGCUACAGCCCAGAGCUGGUGGACGGGAUGAACAUGCUGGUGACGCUGCUGCCGGGAACCGCCGUCACCUACAAUGGAGAGGAGAUCGGCAUGGAGGACAACUACAACAUGACGUGCGAGGUGGCUCAGGACCCACAGGGCUGCGCAGAUAACGUCACACUGGGAAAUUCCAGGGACCCAGAAAGGACGCCAUUCCAGUGGGAUGACUCUAAGAAUGCAGGCUUCAGCACGGCGGACGAGACGUGGCUGCCCGUCAAUCCCAACUACCUGACUCUGAAUGCGGCGCGGCAGGAAUCCGCGGCUGGCCGCAGCCACCUCAAGACGUACCGCCUGCUGGCACAACUACGGCGAGAUGACGAGUCCAUCCACUACAGAAAUGUCUCCGUCGCCAGCACCGGCAGUGUCUUCCUCUUCAGCAGGUCACAGAACGGCACUGCCACGACAGUCGUGGCGCUGAACGUAGGGUCUGAGGAGGAGACUGUGGACAUCAUUGAGUCAAUGGCGGACGUCGACCUACCUAUAAUUCUCAGUGUGUACGCGUCCAGCGUCAACAGCGAACUGGAUGAAGGGCGGCUGGUGAACGCACGCGCACUGCGACUGCCCAGCCAGCAGGCGGUGGUGCUGAGGCCUGCGUAUGAAAGGACUGGCCGGUCUGUGACACCUCGGCGGCGCUGCUGCAGUUAG